CAUUCUCUCGAGCAAUUGGCUCACCUCCUUGGCUGCAGUACCAAAUGUCGCCUCUCGACCGCAUUUCGGCGAGCUGACGGAAGAUGUGCAUAGCCGCAUAUUCCGCGAAGGUUUGCCCAGCACCGGACGUUUCUGGUCAAGCUUCCUACGACCCCUUGUCCGUCUACAGCGACUUGACCUUUCCGGGAACCAACUCAGUCGCCCUAGCGGCUGCCUGGACUUCAGUUCCAACCUGCCCGCCAGCCUGAUUCGGCUAGACUUACGUGGCAAUCCACUCAUCGGACUCGACUGGCUGGUCCGGCAACCGCAUGAGUCUGGCGCCGAAAGUGCAGCCGGCCUGGACAAGCCCGGAAGUCUGGUAUUUCCUCGUCUCCUCGAGCUGCAGGUCAACACGACCCGCCUCCACUGCGACCCCAGCCAGCUCGGCCUGCUGCUGGCGCUCCGGCGCUCCAAGGCCAGCCUGCCUCUCGGACUGGCCCCACGAUGCGGCCAACCCGAAGAGUUGGCGGGACGAGGAUUCAUCGAGUUGGCGCCGGAAGAGCUGUCUGCCAUCCGGGCAGCCAAUGGGGCCAGUUCUGUACUGCCUGGUGCUCCCACGGCCCGGUCGACACCAGACCUCGAGGACGCGCCGAGGGGAUCGAGCCGUAGCCCAGGCUGUGACCAGGCCAUGGAAACCACC